UUAAACUAUAAUUCUCGAAGAUUGUCUCCUUCACUGUUCUCUCCUAUAUAAAGACGAACACUCUCUUGCAUAAAUCAACAUAAAAAAUUUAACCUUUUCUCUCUGUCUGGGAAUUUCUACAACCAUGGCGGAGGAGAGAUCGACUGGGAAGGUCCGGUGGUUCAACGACACCAAGGGCUUUGGCUUCAUCACCCCCGAUAUCGAAAGCGAAGAUCUGUUCGUUCAUCAGUCCUCCAUCAGAUCCGACGGCUUCCGCAGCGUGGCGGAAGGUGAGUCUGUCGAGUUCCAAAUCGCUGUCGGCGAGGACGGCAAGACCAAAGCCAUCGACGUCACUGGUCCUAACGGCGCGCCGUUGCAGGGUAACAGGAAGGAGAGCUUCGGCCGCUCCGGUGGUCGCGGUGGCGGUUCUGGAUUUGGAGGUGGAUGGAGAGGCGGAGAUAGGCGGAAUGGAGGCGGUGCCGGUGGCGCUUCUUGCUAUAACUGCGGCGAGCCCGGCCACAUGGCUAGGGAUUGCAAUCGCGGCGCUGGGGGCGGUGGCGGAGGCGGUAGUGGUGGCGGUUGCUUUUCUUGCGGUGGCUAUGGCCACGUGGCGAGGGUCUGCCCUAAUGGGACUGGCGGCGGUGUCGGUGGUGGCGGCGGCGGUGGCGGUAACUGCUACAAGUGUGGUGAGUUUGGGCACUUGGCGAGGGACUGUAGUUCUGGUGCCGUCGGCGGCGGCGGCGGCGGCGGUGCUGGUGCUUGUUAUAGCUGUGGGGAAUAUGGGCACAUGGCGAGAGAUUGCAGCACAGGUGGCCGCGGCGGCGGCGGCGGCGGUCGUGGCCGGGGAUAUGGAUUCAGUGCUGGAUCAGGUGGCAAUGGUUGUUAUAACUGUGGGCAGGCUGGUCAUUUUGCUAAGGAGUGCCCUACUGCUUGAAGAAAAAUAAAACAAAAAGAGAGUAAUAGUAAAUAUUCUCUUUAGAAAUCCUUUUAUCUUUUUGUUAAAUUUUAGUCUUUCUAGUAGUAUUUCUUUCUCGAUACAUAUGAUGUUUUGGCGAAAGGGUUUUUUAUUUUUCUGGUGGAUGAUAAGAGCCACUCUUUGUCAAGAAAGUUUUCCCCAGUUCGGCUAUAGAUUGAGUUAGUUGCACUUUUUUUUAAAAUUAUUAUUAAUCUAUAUUGUUAUCAGUGACUCUCGGAUAAGUUAUCUAAAUGAGCAGCUUUUAUUUUGAAGUGUGAAUGUAUGAAUGCACAUUUGGUUGA